GAGCAGGUGACUUUUCUCAACGGACAGCAAAGCAUGGCGACGCCACUCGACGCGUUUACGUGCGCCAUCACGCAUGACGUCAUGACGGACCCGGUCGUGACGGCCGACGGCCAGUCGUACGAGCGGGCGGCCAUCGAGCGCUGGCUCACGGACCACGACACGAGCCCAGCGACGAACCAGCGCCUGCCGUCCCGAGCGCUCUUGCCCAACGUUGCGCUCAAGAAGGCGAUUGACGAGCACCGCAGUGCGCAACCUACGCAUGCUUCGCCCGCUCGAUCGCGCUCCAACGAGGCGUCGCGGCGCCGCGCCUUGUCGCCAGACCACGAGGCGACCCGGUCGGUGCGCCAGGCCACGCACGUGCUCACGCGCGACCAAGCGCUGCCCGAGACCGGCUACUUUGUCUACCGCACCGAGGGCAACCUCGAUCUCUUCAAGCACCCGUCACUGUACGACCCGGCGGUGGGCCCGAACCGGGAGCGACUCGUCCUCCCAGCCGGCGAGCUCGUCGUCGUUUCGCAGCGCGAGUAUGGCCGCGACUCGAACCACGUCUUCUUGAAGCUGAGCACCGAGAACGAGCCCGCGCUUCAAGGCUUGUACAUCCUCGAGCAAGGUCGGUACCCGCCGUACGCUCCGACGGCCAUCCAGGCGAUUGUCACGAAGGAGGUGGCCGUCUACCGUGCGCUGGCCGCGACCCUCCGGUACUAUCGGCCGACAACCAGCACCACCGGCGUGCUGACGCUGACGGACCGAAGCAUUACCAUCAACACGCUCCUGGCAGCGAACCUCCACGUGCGCGAUCCGGUCACACGGAUCGAGUUUGUGCGCCUCGACAACUCGACGCUCUGGGUCCCGAGUGCCCUCCUGACGCAGAUGACGCUUCGGACCGCGCACCUCGUGGUGCGGCCCAAGGCCUACCUGUCGCUGCGUCGCAAUAUUUUUGCCAGCGACGAAGCCGCGCUCGUCUCGGUCGGUACGCUGGCGGUCUCGCGACAGCAGACCACGAUCGCCGGCGUCUGCUACGCCAACGUCACGACCAACAACGUCUCGGGCUGGUGCACGCUUCAACACGACGACUUUGUCACGAGCUGCCCACCGCGCCUCGCAGAGAAGUCGGCUGGGCUCUUCCUUCCCGUCGUGAUCUUGCAAGGUCGCUACUACCUUGUGGUCGCCAACCAAGUGCAGAGUGACGGCUCGAUCACCCAGUGCAUCAAGUACAGUCUUCCCAACAGCAUGGCGCGCCAGAUUGAAAACUGCAUCUCGAAAGGCCGGCACGUGACGCACGCGGCCCUCGGGCCCAACGCCGAGUGGUACAUCAGUGGCACCAAGCCUGACGGCAGUGGCGGCUGUGCUUGGGUCAGCAACAACGUUCCAGCCGCGUUUCGAGGUGUCAUGACCACCAACUGCCGCGUCGCCUUUGGCGAGCUCGGCGCCUACGUCUGCGACGACGGCACGAGUGUCUACACUGCCGGCGUGCCCUUGGCGUUUCGCGACCGGCUGGCGACUGCGACCGCGCGUCCGUUCGUGUCGUUUGGCCUAGCGGGCGAGAGGGGCUGCUUCAUCCACGACACGAAGGGCGGGUACAUGGCCAACAUGUCGCAGUUUUUCGAGUAUGACGUGCUCGACCCGGCGCCGCCCAAACGCUUUGGCCGGCUCAUUGCUGUGAUCUACUCGAACGGCGAGCAUAUCAAGAUUCACGAAAAUUCGUUUACGUCGACGGGCAAUGUGCCGUUGGCCAUGCGCGACGAGCUCGAUGCCUUUUACCGCCGCCACCAGCGCAUGCAGAACGAACGUCGCCAGCUCAUCAAGCGCUACAACCUCCUCGCGACGACCACGGCGUGAGGAGGACGACGGCGAGAUGGAUCGUUGACGACGUCGCAAGAAGAACCGUGGCGACAACUUUCAUGCAGUAUAUGUUUACUCGAGUGUUUGGGUCCACUUGUGAUUUGUUGGGGAUGAGCUGCAGAGGUCAAGGACAAGAAGCCUUGGUUUCAAGACCUACCGCCGCCCUGCUGCGUCUUUCUUUCGGCGGCUGUUUAAUACAUGUGCAACGCCCCCUGUACGCCCUACGGACUACCGCAUCAAGGACGCCGCCGUGUUGUGACCAACCUUUAGCCGAAACGGGUUAUGUGAUGGAAAACAAAAUAUGUUUUGGCCGAGUCA